UGCCGACAACAGUAAUAUUGGCUACAACGGUUGAAAUACACACCGAUAACGCAAUGAAUUCCACGUGGAUCGAUGUGGACAUAAAUCCUUCGAUCAAUUUGCAGACUUUCAAUUGUUGCACGGCUUUGGUAGACGUCCACGGUGAUCGCGAUAACAAGUUCGCCGUCGUUGAUUUCGGAUCAGGCACGUCCAACCCUCAGCUAAGAGUGUUCAAGGGACUUAAUCAAUCUCACGUGAUCUUCUUGAACGACAAACCAUCGGCCAUCAUCGUCGUAUACACAGACUACAGUGAACACCAUGUACCAUGUAUAGCUGUAGUGAUAAAAAACGAAAUAUACUUUUACCGAAACUGCAAGCCAUAUCACAAGUACACAGUCCAGCCGACGGUUGUCAAUGAUGACGUAGAGAAGAGGAUAUGGCGGGAAGCCAAAGAAUCGGCCGAUUUGCUGAAGAAUUUGCGGGUAUUGGCCAAUACCGUGGGUUUUGCAAGUCUAUCGACCACGUCACAACAUGCAUUGUGUUGUGAUGAAUAUGAAGUGGACGUGUUUUUUGAAAAAUAUAAAAAUCAAAAACUAGUCAAACAACCUAACAUUACGUGCAUUGCCGAAUUGAAAAGAAAAACGAACGAGCCGAACGGAGUCAGCUGUCUCGUGAUAGCUACCACUGACAAGAUCACUAUAAUGGAUACGGAGUCCUUUAAGAUUUUGUCGGAUAAAUACGAGCUGCAAGGUGAAACCGUGUACUUGGCUACCGUGGGGCUAUACGACGUUGACUACAAAAUACUAGUGGCUACCAGGACGGGUAGGCUGUACAUUUUCUCAAAAUCCUCGACCAGCGGAUACAAAGUGGAAAUGACUCAUGCAAUCGUGGCCGUGGUACUCCGGGUGGACAAGUUCGUGUGUUGUACAGUCGACGGCCUGCUCCAGUGUUACACAUUGAAAUGUGCAUCGUUAUGGAACGUCGAACUGCCGGGAGAUCCGACAGCCAUGGUGAAUAUGUACGUGCAGAGCAUGUCCCUAGAACUAACGGUAGUGGCAUGCACAGUGACAAAUGUAGAUGGGCACAUCAAGGGAUCGAUACUGGUGUACUCGGGAUCGACGGUGGUGCACAAAAUAACGAUGCCCGAUCCGAUUUACUGCGUUACGUUUGGCAAGUUUGGCCAAGAAGAAAAUGCGUUGCUAAUGAUUUCCUCUAAAGGCAAAUUGGACGUUAAGCUGUUGAAGCGCACUGCUACUUUCGACUUAUGCCCCCGGACGACUGUCAUUGCGCGACCUUCGAUCACUCUAAACAUACCCAAAAGAAGUAAUGUGUUUAUCGAACAAACUUUACGCGAAAGAGAAUGUUUUAACGAAAUGCACGUUCGAACCCAACAAUCGUGGCGAAAAUUCCAAAUCAAGUUGCUAAGCGAACGAAUAAACUCCAUCAAACAAAAAAUUACCAAUCAGUUCUUACACACAUCUGUUCAACUUUUAGGUUUAGGACCACGUUUCAAAAUUCGUUUCAAUUUGAAAAAUCUAGGUGAUAAGUAUCUCGACGGUGUGGACGUAGCAUUUUUGUAUAACCCGCAGUUUUAUAUUGUCGAAACUGCUUGCUGCAAAUUGCCGGUAAUUAUUCCGGACAAGGAAGUGUCUUGCGAGACUUUCAUCACUUGCUGCGCGUACGGUGGCACGGAAGAACGAGCUAUCGACAUUGUAGUAAACCGGUCGACGACCAUACUGUACCGAGCCAAACUCAACAUGCCAGUUUAUAAUCAGCUUAGCGUCAAUGAAGAUAUUAUAAACAAUAGUUUGCAGUGAAAGCCGUCAGCGUUGAACUGUGCGGACGUCAAGUCGAAUACAAUUACAUUUGAAAAUAAAUAUUAUAAAUUUUUUUCCAUAAGUAUGAGCCUUGGAAUGACGUCAAAGAGGUCGAACGGGAAAUUGAAAAAUUGCACUGUGCAUUGAAAUAGCGACAAAUCCAGCCAUAGUAAUACCAAUGCAAUCGGCCAGUGAAGUCAUGGACAUAGCGAAUUCCCGUCGUUCUCUUGGAACCUAUUUAACAUCAAGUGCAUAUUGUUUUAGCGGUUAUUUUUAUUAUAUUACAUUACAAUUUUUUUUAAU